AUUAUCCUGCUUUGCUUGUUCGUCGAGGUUAAUGUGGCACUGUUCGAGCUGUACCUCAACAUCGAUCCGGUGAAGAACGCUCCACCCGUGUCCGAUUGCAUUAUCUGGGUUUUAUUUCUGCACACGGUCACGAACUUUGCGUUUUUCGUGAUAAUAGCUCGUGCGAACCGUACAGUAGAGAAGGAGAAUGAACGGUCCAUACUGUUACUGCAUAGUUUCGAUUGUUUAUGGAGUAGCGAACAAAAUGAGAUGGUUGUAGCAGCGACCAAAUCGAUUCUGAUCAUUCUGGUACAGUUUUAUGACUCUGCACUACAGGACGAACACCACCAUUCCACGGUGCAAUCUUCGGUGCAGUUCCGCCAUGAAGCUAAUACCACCUGUUAAUUGACAUUAUUGUCCUGAUGUGACGUGUGCCCAAUGCAACAUGCAAAAUUCUUGUUCCAUUCCUGCAUUGGUUUAAAUUAUUCAAUUCCUUCCUGCAAGUCUACCAGCACUGCUAAUAACGCUCAUCAACCAGUAGCCGGUAGCUCAGUACAUCCUUAAAAUGCAUCGACUACAGGUGGAGCAACGUGCUUACUUUCGAGCGCUCCUGGCCCAUACCUUCCGGAAGGUGAUUCGUCUAUCGCAGUGGUGCUGUACCGCUCCCUACCCGCUUCAACCCUAUCAACACAAAACCGCACAGAAUCAACCCAACCGCUUCCGGCUUGUGCAAGCCCUUAGACGAGUGCUUUCCGCGGUACUGUUCAGCAUUAUGCUUUCCGUACCGUUUCUGCUGUACUUUCUGUUCCGUGCGAAUGUGCACACCUUCACGAUACCGCUCUCCAUCAAGCUAAUGUUCUACCUGCAAGCGCUGCUGCAAACCGGAUCCCUGGGCUAUGUGCUGCUGGUGUACCAGUUCCGUACCAGUUACCAUCGCUUCUACUUCGACCGGCUCGUGUCCGUGCUGGUGGACUUUGGCCGGCCCGAGGUUGAUAAACGUUUGCAGCAGCUCGAAAGGAAUAUUGCUCGUCUGAUGCUUGUCAUCCUGCUGCUUGCUAUACUCGUGCUUUCGGCACUCCUGUUAGGUGACCAUUCCUGGGGCAAUCUGCUCAAGGGGAUGAUCUUCAUCACCACACAACUGAUGGCCACCAGCUUUGCCUUGCAGUACGUGAUGCUGUUCGGGAUAGUGGCUGUACUGCUGGGACAAAUGAAUGAUACGUUGAAGGCACUGCUUGAGCAUGGAGUCGGGUACAGUGGUGAAACGGAAAGUGGCGGUUACCGAUCACACCAGCCACUAGCACCGGUACGCUUAACGCGCGAUGAUGAGGACACGAUCGAAAAGAUCCGUCUGCUGCAGCUGCAUCUGCUGCAAAUCGUGUUGCGCACGAACGGUGGAGAGUACGGUAGGCUGCUGAUCGUAGUCCUGCUGACGACGUUCAUCUUCCUCAACACCGAUCUACUGCAGCUGUAUCAAGGGAUAAAGGCGGGAGUGCUGACGUUUGAUGUAAUCGGGGCAAAACUGACGAACUCGGCGCUGAAGUUUGCAUUGCUGGUCAUGUUUGCCUUCUCGAAUCGAUUGCUCCAGCAACAGAAUCUCCGAGGCUUGAAAUUGGUCUAUCAACUGCAUAGUUCGGCAAACAGUGUGCGAUGCCAUGAAAUUACUAAUCGCUUCGUAACGCAGACAACACUCUUUCUGGGCAAGGCUCACGAAGCGUACAGCAUGAUAUCCAUCGAUAUGACGCUGAUCAUGAGCGUCGUUGGCGGCUUAACAAGCAUUCUAGUGGUGCUCGUCCAAUUUUCGGAUGCAAAAACGACCUGCAACUAACAACUAACUGUCAUCAUCCUUUCUUCAAUUUACAAAAACCCCCGGCAAUAAAUAGCACGCGAUAAUACUUCUGUUACCUCUAC